AGUUCGCGGUAUAAAACGAGACGGUCCCUUGUUCUUGGCUGAUAACAAACCACAUGCAAUAUUGAUGUAAUCUAGACAUCAGAAUAAAAUGGAUUUACUGUGUAUUCUACUACCGACAAUAGUGUUCUUCGGGGCUUCAGCCCAAGUUCAAAGUCCAUGUAACACAACGAUUACAUGUACGGGUGUAUUAGUGUGUGAAAGUGAUAUCUGUAAAAUACCUGCGUCAGAGACUUGCACGGUACAACACACAACUGUGUUACCUCAAACAACAACGGCAUCAGCAGGUUCUACAUCAACUCAAGGUACAACUUCUCCUACUGCAGAAACUACAAAACAAACCACCGAGACAACAGUAACAACUAUUCCUUCUACUGUUUCUAUUCCUGCAACGACAGCACCAACUGGUGGUAGUGGACGGAGAAAGAGACAAACAUCUACAGAUGAGUGUGUGGCCAACGCUCAUUGUCUUAUGGUCGGAGGCCAGUUGAAGUGCUCCUGUAUACAAGGACACACCGCUGAUGGUGACGGGUUUUGCCAACAAGAUAACGCAGCAGGUUCCCAAUACAAGGCCAGCACGCGGAUCGCAUUUGGAGCUGCCAUCCUAUUGAUGAUGAUGAAAUAAUCACGAUCAAUGAAUAACUGAAAAACAUUAUGUUGCUUUACUUUGUAUAUAAGACGUACGCUGAAUGCAUAUAAACGUAUGCAAAUGGUUGUCUGUGGCAAUAUCUGUGGAUUAAUAUAUGCUGUUCCUUUGUAAACAAGAAAUACUCUGAAUGUCUGGAAACGUAUGCAUAUGGCUGUUAUACACAUUCCUGUAGAUUUAUUGCGCGCUGUUCUUGGUUCAUGAUAAUACAUCAGUCUGAUGACGCUAUAUGCCGAAUAACAGACUUGCCGUGUACCCACUGAACCUAGAGCAUGCUCUCUGCAGGUGAUAUGUCUGACGCCGUCUUGCUGGUUUCGACCUUCACAUAGCGGCAACCUUAUCAACGAGCGCACGGCCUUAUAUAGUAACAUCACGAAUUCGCAUUGAAUACAAAGGGUGUGUCAGAUAUGGAAUUCAAAUUUUAAUUUCGUAAAACUACAUGUACUACUACAUAAACUUUACGUAAUUUUACCAGCCCAAUUAUUUGUCUUAAAAUGCAAUUCAUGAUAACCAUGAUUAAAGGUAUCGAAUGAUCCGCUCGUUGAUAUGAUGACCAUGUUAUCUUUAUGCAAUUGUUAUCAGAACGCAAUAAAAAUAUAAAACGGC